UGUUACUCCCGGUCAUCCUGGCUCAGGACUUUUAUCUCAGCGCUGCCAGGAGGCGGGAGGAGGAGACACCGGGGGUGGCCCUGAGAGCCGGCGACACCUUUUCGGGGCUCUAUAAAUUGAGCACCUGGGAUGGGUAGGGGGCUGACACCACCACAGCCCGCAGUCACAGUCCGAUCACUGACCACAGCGGCGCCCACAAGCAGUGGCCACCAGCAGCGAGAAGGCUGAGCUACUCAGCAGCAGGAGACCUCGAGGAGAAAGAGGAGGUCAGGGCUCGACCCACGGACCGCGCGCCGCCAUCGCGAGCUUCCGGACGCCAAAACCCGGAGAAGCCGCGCAUCCCGCAGGGCCGGGCUGUGAGAGGGCGGAGGAGGAGCCGGGAAUCCCGCCGCUCCGGCUAUAGCCAGGCCCCCGACGCGGGUUUCCAAGAGCUCGUGAAGGCGGGCACACCCUCGCCUCAGCCGGCCCUCCCGUGCCCCUGUGCUUCGGCGUCCGCGCGGCCACCAUGAUGCAAAUUUGCGACACCUACAACCAGAAGCACUCGCUCUUUAACGCCAUGAACCGCUUCAUUGGCGCCGUGAACAACAUGGACCAGACGGUGAUGGUGCCCAGCCUGCUGCGCGACGUGCCCCUGGCCGAGCCCGGGCUAGAUAACGAUGUCAGCGUGGAGGUAGGCGGCAGUGGCGGCUGUCUGGAGGAGCGCACGCCCUCGGCCGCUGGCGCGGGCAGCGCCAACAGCAGCUUUUUCGCGCCCUCCCGGGACAUGUACAGCCACUACAUGCUGCUCAAGUCCAUCCGCAACGACAUCGAGUGGGGGGUCCUGCACCAGCAGCCAUCGCCGGCGGGGAGCGAGGAGGGCAGCACCUGGAAGUCCAAGGACAUCCUGGUGGACCUGAGCCACUUGGAGGGCGCAGACGCCGGAGAGGAGGACCUGGAACAGCAGUUUCACUACCAUCUUCGCGGGCUGCACACUGUGCUCUCCAAACUGACGCGCAAAGCCAACAUCCUCACCAACAGAUACAAGCAGGAAAUCGGCUUUAGCAAUUGGGGCCACUGAGGAAGGACGCCCGCGGCUGCCCAGCACCCUUCCCGGCCCCAUCUCUCACCCUCUUUUUUCUCAAAGCUGUUUUCUUUCUGGUUUGUAGGGCGCAAUGGGCCAACUGCAAAGUUGGGGGGCUGAGUACAUGAAGGGUGUGCGACAGGGCUACAUGAAGGAGGGGGCCUCUUUUAGGAGAAGAGAAGUGGUGGCGAGAGAGGGAGGUUGCUCAAGGACCUCCUUUCAUUACGUGGGACGGUGGGGGACUGGGGGCUGUAUUCUACCUUGGUGGGAAUGGAAGUGGGCUGACGCCCUGCAUUCAGCCUGUGCCUUUCCUGGAGUUUCUUUUCUGUUCUUUCCGGAGGAGGAGGAGAAGGGCCGAGAAGGGGCCAUGCCAGGGCGCGGCGCUGGGUUGCCACACUUGGGAGCGCCGCCCAGGGGAGCUGGGCGCUGGGGAAGGCGGGGCGCGAAGUGGCCUCCCGCCUCCCCGCGUUUGGGCUGGUGGAGGCCUCUCAUUGCUAGGAUUGCAUCAGUUUUCCUGUUUGCACUAUUUCUUUUUGUAACACUGGCCCUUUCCUAAGUAUUUCGAAUCUCUUCCUUGCUUUGAAACUUCGGCGAUUCCAUUGUGAUGAACGCACAAACAGCACUGUCUGUGGGUAACCGGUACUACUUUAUUAAUGAUUUUCUGUUACACAGUAUAGUUGUCCUGUGGCACUCUACCCAUGCCUUUCAAGCCACCCCUUCCCCCACCCCAGUGCGUGUAAGUUGGCAUUAUGCCAACUUGUACGAAGCUUGCCACUCAGUCAGUGGAAAUAAUAACAUAAUUAUGAGAAAGUGGACUUGUCUUAAAUGGAACCAACUGACGUUCUAUCAGUGAUGUAUAUAGAAUGAUGAAGAGUUCCACUGUUGUUAUGUCUCAAAUUUAUUUAAAACUUUUUUAAUCCAGAUGUAGACUAUAUUCUAAAAAAUAAAAAAAGUCAAAUGUGUUAA